GUUUUCCCUACUUUUCACAUUUUGGCUACUGUUACUUUUGCUAUCAUGGAUCGCGAGGUGAAGUCUAAAUCAAAGACAAAAAUCUUGCAUCGAGGUAUAUCAGAGCUGGUGCGACGAGCAACAAUUGGAGCAUUAUAUCCGUAUGGACCACCUCGAAGAGACCUCCGAAACUUGCCAUCUAUUCAAGAAUUGCUCGAUGAAGGCGAGGUGAAUGUUUUCCAAACUGUUACGGAAACGUCACCGGAUACGGACACAGAAUUUGUUGAUUCCGAUUCUGAAACCACGCUGCCCAUUGUUGAGGUGAAAGUCCCUACAGAUGGUACUGUUCGAAACCUAGAAGAGUUUAUUUCCAACUAUAAUGAACAUUCUUCAAUUGCAAUAAUGUCACCUUCAAGAGAACAUCGAGCGCCUCGUCGAUCCCUUCAUAUUGGAUCGUUCUUUCCGGAAGCAAAACUAUUGACUGCUAAAAUCAAACGAUCAAAGUCGAUGCCAAAGAUUCAGAAUAUGGAUCAAAUCAAAGCAGCAAUCAGGCGAAAGAGUUCACUUCGAAAAUGGUUCGCAACAAGGACAGUGGCUGGUAGACGGAAUAGUAAUACAACUAACUACGAAUGCAAGAGAACAUCAAUAACUCAUGAAGAUUUUCUCGCACAAAUGCGGACUGUGACUCGGAAUACUCUGAAAGAUUUGUUAUUCCCUGACAGGAAAAGUGAAGUCAGAAUUGUGAAAAUAUCCGAUGAGAAAUUUCACAAUGUAGAUGAACUGGCCCGACAAAUAAGUGAAAUGAUUCUAACCUCUACAAUGAUUAACUCGGAUAAUGUUUUCCCAGUUAAAUAACUUAUUCAUUUAUUCUUUAAGUAGUUAAUUCAAUUUUCAAUAAAGUUCUUUAUAAUCAU